CGAAGCGAAGAGGCGAACUGAAGAAUGGAGAUGAGGCGAAGUCGCGAAGAGAAGAAGGCUAGGGCUUGAAGUCUUGAACUGAAUUCGUGUUUGGUUUUUUGGGGAAAACUGAUUUUAAUUUUUUUUUUUUUUUUUUUAAAAUAACUUAAAAAUUUUUUUUGGGCCUGGUGAGUCACUUGACCCACCAGGUCUAAGCCCAAGUCCGCCACUGAGUCUUGAGGGGGAAGGGAGGGGGGCCGGCAACAGGGAGGGGGUGCCAGAAACGGAGACGGGGAAGGGAGAUGGCAAGGAUGGGUUUGAGUUUUUUUUUAAUUUAAUUUUGAACAUUAUGUGGGCUUUUAAGUUGGAAAACUGACCAGAAUAAGAGUAAUGUAGUGAUAUCUACUGGUUUUAACUCUAAGGGGAUUAUUUUUUAAUUUCGAAAAAAACGGAUGAUAAGUUCGGUGAUCUGUUUUACAAAAUAUCUUUGAAUUUAUUUAGGAAAAAAAAAUGUAAUAGGGGUAAAUUUGUAAAUCAAGACAUAGCCAACCAAAACCACAUUUCUGAUUUCUCUACUCCUUUAUUACGUAUCCAAUCACCCCUAAUCCCGCGUCCCCACUCUGCGUCAAACAGACGGUCUUACUUUUCUUUUCUCUCCUUUUUUUUUUUUCCUCUUUACCUUUUCCUUUCUAUCAUCAAUAUCAUUUCCAGUUUCCCCCAAUAAUCAUCCACAAAUUACAGAAAAAUCCCAGUUACAAUAUUAAUUAAUACUUUAAAAAAACAAUAUUCUCACUUCUACAACUUCGUUGAUUCUUACUCUGCAAAAAAUUGGUAGUUGCAGCCAUUGAUUCAAUUGCUUUAAAUUCCCUCUUUCCAUUAAAUACACUCACAGAAAUUUCUACGGAGCUGAAUUUAAUGUUGUAGUUGAUCUUCUCAACGGCUUCUUACAAGCGCUUUUACUUCUCCGUCACUCGAAAGUAUCGAAUAUUUAUCAUUCCAUAUUUCUCUGAAGAACCCAAAAUUUGAACAAUAUAGAGUUGAAGACGAAGAUUUAGAUGAUGUUGUUGCUUUAUAGACUGAUAAUUUUUCUGGGUUUUUGUUUUCCAUUAGCAAAAUCGAUCGAAAAUUCUUUAAAUUGCAGCAGAUCAUGCCAUGGUAAAACAGUAAAUUACCCAUUUGGAUUCUCUCAUGAUUGCGAGUUUCAAUUGGAUUGUAAAUCCGACGGGAAAAUGGAGUUCAAGGGUUUUGAUAUCAGAAAUUUAACAUGGAAUUCUAUUCUACUUAAUCUCUCUCCAAAUUGCAGUCGUCCGAUGAAUCAAACCCAGCAAUUAUUUGGAAGAAACUACGCUUUAACUGCUCAAAAUGGGUUGCUUCUACAAAACUGCAGUACGCCUUUAAAUGGGUGUGUAAUUCCGGCGAUUUUGAUUGAGGGUAGGUUUAAUCAGUGUGAAAAGAGGAGAGAGAAUAUGAGUUGUUAUGCUGCUGAACACCCGAUUGGAGGAGGUGGGAUUUUAAGGUACGAGGAUGUUAGUAAUACUGGUUGUCAAUCUUUGUUUUCGUCGAUUGUUAUCGAAAAUUCUGUCGCCGGAGAUAGUAGUUCCGAUGCUUGGUUGGAGUUUCAAGCUGUUCAGGUCAGUUGGUGGCUUACCGGCACGUGCCGGUGUGAUCGGAACGCUAAUUGUAGUACAGUUGGAGCUUCCGGGUACCGGUGCCAGUGUAAUCCUGGUUUUUACGGUGAUGGGUUUGUCAACGGCGAUGGUUGCACUUGCCGCAAUGAUUCAGCUGCAGUCCUUCACAAAGAUGGAACUAAAAUUCCUGUUCUUAUUGGAGGCAUUGCUGCUGGUGCUGCUUCCAUGGCAAUCCUGGCUGGUAUUUGCUACUUUUGUCGGCAUCGUUCUGCUCAUCAGAAAAGUCGGACAAGUGCAAGGCAUCUUCUUUCAGAUGCUGCUGGCAACACUCCUGUUCCUCUGUACCCUUACAAGGAGAUUGAGAGAGCCACAAAUGGCUUUUCUGAAAAGCAAAGGUUAGGCACUGGUGCAUAUGGUACAGUUUAUGCUGGAAGACUUCAUGACAAUGACUAUGUGGCUAUCAAAAAGAUCAAACAUCGGGAUCCUGAUAGUAUAGAGCAAGUCAUGAAUGAGAUUAAACUCCUAUCCUCUGUCAGUCAUCCAAACCUUGUCCGUCUUCUUGGUUGCUGCAUAGAGGGUGGCGAACAGAUACUUGUGUAUGAAUAUAUGCCCAAUGGAACUCUUUCUGAGCAUCUGCAGAGAGAGAGAGAAAGUGGAAAGGCCCUUCCUUGGACAGUACGCCUUACCAUUGCUUCAGAAACUGCCCAGGCAAUUUCCUAUCUUCACUCUGCUAUUCAUCCUCCGAUAUACCACAGAGACAUAAAAUCAAGCAACAUACUCCUAGAUUUCAAGUAUCAAUCAAAGGUUGCAGAUUUUGGUCUUUCUAGACUGGGGAUGAUGGAAUUAUCGCAUAUUUCAACUGCGCCUCAAGGGACUCCAGGAUAUGUUGAUCCUCAAUACCAUCAGAACUACCAUCUUUCUGACAAAAGUGAUGUUUACAGUUUUGGGGUAGUUUUAGUGGAGAUUAUAACUGCAAUGAAAGUGGUGGAUUUUAGUCGGCCUCAUACUGAGAUCAAUUUGGCUGCCCUUGCUGUUGAUAGGAUAGGAAAAGGACGCAUUGAUGAGAUAAUUGAUCCAUAUCUUGAGCUGCACAGGGAUGCUUGGACUCUUGCAUCUGUUCACAAGGUGGCAGAGCUUGCUUUUAGAUGUUUAGCCUAUCACAGAGAUAUGAGACCAACAAUGAUGGAAGUUGCUCAUGAACUAGAGCAAAUAAGGCAAAGUGGGUGGGCCUCUAUGGAGGAGAAUGUGUGCAUGGCAUCAUCGGUUGCAUCUUCUUGUUCCUCGCCAUUUAAUGGGAGCGAGAGAUCAUUCGGUGGUUUAUCAAUGAAGAGGGUAGUAGGAAGCCAGAGAGUUGUUGUUCCACAGAAAGGUAUAGAUCAUCUGGCUUCAUUGGAGGAGGGAAAAGAUAGUUCACCUGUAUCGGUUCAUGAUGGUUGGUUUAGUGAACAAAGCUCACCUUCAACAAACAGCUUGUUGGGUAAUGUAAUUCAGUAAGCCUGACUAAAAUAAGUAAUCUUGACUCUGUCAUCGUACAAUGUGCAUAAACUAGUAAGUUUUUAAUAGCCCGUAUUGUUUUCCUUCUUAUUGUCCACCCAAGGCGGUGGUACAUAUGUAGAACUGUGAAGCAAUUUAAACAAAGUUUACACAUUAUAGUUUAGGAUGUCUGCUGUAUAUGUCAAGAAAUCAUUUAUCUGUGCGACUGUGUCCCCUUACAAUCUUAUGAUCCUACCACAAUUUUUGGCCCUAAAGUUAUCUAUUUUAUGGAA